GCGUCUCCAGCAGUCACUCACCGGCGCCACCAGUACCACCCCCACCCACCCCACCUCCUCCCUCCUCUGCUCCUGCUCGCUCGGCAGAGCGGCUAGGCAGCCAUGGCGCGAGCCUCGAGCCUGUCGCUGCUGCUCGCGCUGGUGGUCGCGGCGGCGACGUCGGCGGCGGGGGCCAGGGUGCCCGUGGACGCGGCCGGGAACGCGACGCUGAGCGAGCUCCGCGCGCGGCGGGGGCGGCGGGAGGCGCUCGAGAACGGCCUCGGCAGGACGCCGCAGAUGGGGUGGAACAGCUGGAACCACUUCUACUUCGGGAUCAGCGAGGAGAUCAUCAGGGAGACAGCUGAUGCAUUGAUCAACACCGGUCUGGCCCAAUUGGGCUAUAAAUAUGUUAACAUCGGUAUGGACUGCUCUCUGGACAAUAUUUCCCAUGACAUGUUGGACACAACUACUAGAAUUUUUUUAACAGCAUGCUUUACUCAAAUGUGUUUCCUGUCUCUUGUUUCAGAUGAUUGCUGGGCAGAAUUAAACAGGGAUUAUCAGGGUAACAUGGUUCCAAACAAAAGAACAUUCCCCUCUGGCAUCAAGGCGCUUGCAGAUUAUGUGCACGCGAAAGGGUUGAAGCUCGGUAUCUACAGUGAUGCUGGGACACAAACAUGCAGUAACAAAAUGCCAGGAUCGCUCGACCACGAAGAGCAAGACGUGAAGACUUUCGCGUCUUGGGGAGUUGAUUAUCUGAAGUAUGACAACUGCAAUGAUGCUGGCAGGAGUGUCAACGAAAGAUACACUAGGAUGAGCAACGCCAUGAAGAAAUACGGGCAGAAUAUCUUCUUCUCACUCUGUGAAUGGGGAAACGAAAACCCUGCUACAUGGGCACGGGGCAUGGGUGGUAAUAGCUGGAGGACAACCGGCGACAUUGCUGACAACUGGGGCAGCAUGACAUCCCGUGCGGACCAGAAUGACAGGUGGGCCUCCUACGCUGGACCUGGUGGAUGGAACGAUCCUGAUAUGCUUGAAGUUGGAAACGGUGGGAUGUCCGAAGCCGAGUACCGCUCGCACUUCAGCAUCUGGGCACUUGCCAAGGCUCCUCUUCUGAUCGGGUGCGACGUGCGCUCGAUGAGCCCGCAGACAAAGACCAUAAUCAGCAAUCAGGAGGUCAUCGCUGUCAACCAAGAUAGCCUAGGCGUCCAGGGAAAGAAGGUGCAAUCCGAUGGUGGUUUGGAGGUUUGGGCCGGCCCGCUCAGCGGCAACAGAAAGGCGGUGGUUCUAUGGAACAGGCAGGGGUACCAGGCAGCCAUCACCGCACACUGGUCAAACGUCGGGCUUCCGGCAUCCGCGUCCGUCACCGCUCGCGAUCUAUGGGCGCACUCGUCGUUCUCCGCUCAGGGGCAGCUAUCCGCAUCGGUGGCGCCUCAUGACUGCAAGAUGUACAUCCUGACACCAAAGUAACCGUAGGCGAAAGCAUAGCAAGUCGAUCGAUCUAGUUCAGGGGGAAGGGUUUGCAAGGAAGGAUCGAUAGAGCUGAGAUGAGGUGAAUUGAGGAAUGGGGUUUGGUUAUAUGACCUUAGAAAUAAGCUGCAGCUGUAUGUAAGGUGCCGUGAAAAUGUGGCGGCGCGUGUGUUUCUGAACUUUGCAAGUUGUAACGAAAGUUGCAGCAAUAAGAAUGGGUUUUCGUA